GGCAUCCAAAUUUGAAAGGAAGAAGUGGGGGAGGGGGGUUCCCGUAUGUAGAUGAAGAGUCAUGUUUGGUAGCCAAGGAUGACUUGCCUAAAACCCAAAUGGGGUUUUGGGAGAGACACAAAUUGAUGGAUGUCAAUAAUAUAGUGUCUAGCUAUAUGAAGCUCAGAGGACUCACAAGCCUGUUUCGGUUCCUGGGUGGGUCAUCCUUGCUAUUUGACUGGCUCUUGUCUUUCAUACUAGACCUCUCUUCUAUACACACAAGCCAUUCUCUUUAGCUUUGGUGACCUGAGGUGGUAAAUGGCGAACAAUCACUCAUUAAGAUUGUUGCAUAUUGAUGCUUGAUCCUGAAACUCAAUAGAGUGUAUGUUCCCUC